ACAACACCAACGCGACAAGGCUGAGGAUUUCGGAAAGCCUUUGCGCCACAGCGUGGAACCCACCAUUCCUUCAAUCAAGCUAUUUACAACUAUAUACGACGUCUAUCUAAAAAGUGCUUCAUGAUUGCACCGAAAAAGCUCAUAAGCUAGGCAUAAUACUGCUCGGCACCUCGCCAAGUUACCUAGGUAAUCUAUGAGCUAUGCCGACCGCAAAGAGACUUAAGAAAAGUGACGCAAAGUCCAAGUCACGCGAUGCGGAACCACGACCGACAAUUGCCGAUCUGGAAGGCGAGAGCGAGUUUGCCCAGCUUGCGAGACAACAUUGGCUGAAACCCACCAAGCGAACCACGAGGGUUAAGGUCAAGAACGAUGUAUUGAAGCGCGACAUCUGGGAUGUCCUCGAAAAGAAUGGCUUCCCCUACAAGUCAUUACUUGUUCUUGAGGGACUGCAGACACUUGAGAGUUAUCUAUGGCCUGGGUAUUCCGAAGACUCGUCCAAUUUCCACGUGCUCUUGAUAGCUCUUAUCACCAACGUCAAGGCAAGAGAAAAGCUUGAGACAUGGAGUAUAUUCGAAGACCGACCUGCCGAGUUCGAGAGCUUCUUCACUCGCGUUCUUUCUAUGUGUCUCGACCACACACUAUCCAUGGCUGUACGGACGAACCUUCUAUGUUUUAUUAUUUAUGCUUUCCAGAGCUUGGAUUGGUCGAGCGUACGUAACAAGUGCGCUUCGUUAGUUUCCAUCGGUAUCUGGCAUAACCUCACCGAGUCGAAACGUGAAAGCAGACUAGCACAAAACCCAUCGCCCAAAAAGGCCUGGAGGGCGGCAGGCAAGAGAUAUGACUCGGCAGAUGAUUCGACCAAAGCUCGAUUAAGGUUCGAGAGAGCCUGGCUUUACACUAUGACCUUAGACUUUCUCAAGUUACUCUAUAGUGAGAAGAGGAAGGAAGAGCAUGUGCUUUACUGCGAACGGUUUGUGGAGUUCAUCUCCGACUUGCUGAGCCAAAGCCCGACGAGGCGAUACACGAAUACCUUAUUCCAGGAUCUACACAUCUUGCCUGCUCUACGACUCUCCCCGAUGUUUAAUGAUGAAGACAAUGGUUUACUUCGCGAUCAAUACGCUAUACUAAGCCACUACUUCUAUUUUACCAUCGAUGACUACACGGGAGUCCAACACAGUCGUACGGAAGCGUAUGAUUUACAUUGUGCCGAGCUCGCAAAACUCCAACGCGUAGCUUUACGCCACUUCAAAGAUAAGCUGACAGUGUUGGCUUUAUCCAAUUAUGGGUCUAUAGGUAAAAGAGACGAGCUCGAGAAUCUCUUAGAAGCUCUAACAGACGAGGAGGUCAAGAGGCUUGCGACUUUGCUUGAGUUCAGGACAGAAUAUCCAGACUCGGUUGGUGUUCUCAUCGAUCGACCAUUUUUAACCGAGGUUCUUUUGGCAACCUACGAGAAGCGCAAAACGUUCCAAGACGUUGUCCGAGAUACAAGCAUUCUUCCGACUGAGGCCAGUCUUUUCGAUCAAGGCCUACUAAGGACAGAUAAUUACGAUGGGUCAACGCCCCUUGCUCUUCCUAAGUUGAAACUCCAACAUCUGUCGGUUGGAGACUUCCUUUGGAGAGCUCUCGUUCUUUACCGAUGCGAGUCUUUUUAUGGUAUCAGAAAAGAUAUCAGUGAUGCGCUGAGACGACUAAGGCCGGAAUCAAAACGUCCGGGGGACACAACGUUUGCCGGCUUUUCAAGAAUGGCGCUACCGAUAUCUCGUCCGUCCAUAUUAGAAGUUGUGCCUGCUCUUGUUGGUGAUGAUAAGCCGUCUGCAGUAAAUGCUGAGGUUUCGCUCGACGUGCGUCGACUUACCGAUAAUAUUCGUAGAGAAUGGGAUUCUUUGCGUCCAGACGAUGUCGUGUUUCUUGUUGCAGUGGAUGCUUCCCUUUCGAAAAGUAUCUCGAACGGGGGCGCCAACACCAUUUCUGAGGCGGAAAAGCUCGGACUAAUUUCCGUGAGGAGCGCAGAGAUUUCCCAGAUCGUGGAUGAUAAAGGAAAAUCUAUCAGAGACCCUACUGCUUACUUCGGCGGCCAGAACCGAUCUCCGACAAGAAAAGUACAGCUCAAAUUGGACCCGAAGACUUACAAGGAGGAUAUGGACCGAGUUUCGAACGGCAAGCCAGACGUAUAUGAGCGGAUUAAUCUAAUUGUUCGGCGAAGUGGUAGAGAGAACAACUUCAAGCCGGUUCUAGAGUCUAUUCGUAGCCUAUGUCUUUCCGAAGUUCCCCUCGCGUCAUGGCUAUAUGAGACCUUUCUCGGCUACGGUGACCCUGCCGGCGCCACGUAUAAACACCUGGCAAACCGGAUCGCAAAGCUCGAUUUCAGGGACACUUUCUUGGAUUGGCAGCAUCUCGUUACAGGUCUACCUGAUAAGACUAUUGAGCCAGGAGACGAUGUGACCGAGAGCUUUGGUCCUCCCUACAUGCUAGAGUCGGUGGAUAGACCACCAGAACAGAAAACAGCCAAGCCUUCCAAAAAGCGAAGAAGAGAUGCAGAACCCUCGUUGAUUGCCGAAGUCGAGACAUAUAAGGCUUCGACAUACAAGCCACCUAACACUGGACCAUAUCCCGUUGAUGCCCCGAAAUUAAACAGCGUUCGUUUCACACCUGCUCAAAUCGAUGCUAUAAUAUCAGGAACCCAACCUGGGCUUACUGUUAUUGUUGGCCCACCUGGUACUGGUAAGACGGAUGUUGCGACUCAAAUCAUCAACAAUAUCUAUCACAACUUCCCCGAACAGCGCACAUUACUUAUUGCCCACUCCAACCAGGCCUUGAACCAGCUCUUUGCGAAAAUUGUCGCCCUGGACAUUGACGAACGACAUCUUCUCCGUCUCGGCCAUGGCGAGGAAGAUCUCGACACUGAUGGUAGUUUCAGUAAACAUGGGCGAGUUGAGUCUUUCUUUGAGAUCAGAGAUCGCUAUCUAAAAGAAGUCAACCGCUUAGCGACCAGCAUGGGCGCUCCCGGUGCUCACGGGAACUCUGCUGAGACGGCAGGAUAUUUCAAUUCUGUCUACAUUCAACCAGCCUGGGCCAAGUUCCAAGAGGUAGCAAGAGUAGACGACUCUUCGCCCGCCCUCAUCAUUGAAGCUUUCCCAUUCCACAACUAUUUCUCUGAUGCUCCCCAGCCCCUGUUCCCCCCAGAGGGCGACCGAGAAGCUGUCAUUGAUAUAGCAAAUGGCUGCUAUCAUCACGUAUCGAAAAUCUUCUCUGAGCUAGAAGAUGUCCUGCCAUUCGAAAUCCUACGAAGAGACCGAGAUAAAGCCAAUUACCUUCUAAUUAACGAAGCACGGAUCAUCGCCAUGACGGCAACACAUGCUGCAAUGCAUCGUACUGAGAUUGCUUCCCUCGGCUUCCAUUACGACAACGUUGUUAUGGAAGAGGCGGCCCAGAUUACCGAGGUUGAGAGCUUCAUUCCUUUAGCUAUGCAAAAACCAGAGGGUGGACAGAUGGCGCUUCAAAGAGUUGUUCUUUGCGGCGAUCAUUACCAGAAUUCACCUGUUAUCCAGAGCCUUGCUUUUAGACACUAUGCCAACCUCGAGCAAUCGCUUUUCUUCCGAUUCAUCCGCUUACGAGUACCAGUCAUCACACUCGACCAGCAAGGCCGUGCCCGUCCAUCUAUCGCCGCAUUAUACCAGUGGAGAUAUCCUAACCUUGGUAACCUCCCUCAUGUCGAGAGCAUGAAAGAAUUCCAGACUGCCAACGCUGGGUUCAAGUAUGAUUACCAGUUCAUCAAUGUUCCUGAUUAUAAGGGCCGCGGAGAAGUGGAACCGACGCCACAUUUCAUCCAGAACCUAGGUGAGGCGGAAUAUGCCGUUGCCAUAUACCAGUAUAUGAGACUUUUAGGGUAUCCUGCGUCAAAGAUCAGCAUUCUUGCUACCUAUGCUGGCCAGCGAGCACUUAUAAAAGAUGUGCUCGGCCACCGAUGUGCGAAGAACGCCAUAUUCGGUUUGCCUAAGAUAGUGACCACUGUCGAUAAAUAUCAAGGUGAACAAAAUGAUUAUAUCAUUCUCUCGCUCACGCGCACAUCGCGGGUCGGUUAUCUCCGAGACAUUCGACGUUUGACAGUGGCACUUUCUCGUGCCCGGCUUGGCUUGUACAUCCUUGGGCGAAGAGAAGUAUUCGAGGCGUGCUACGAGCUGCGCCCCGCUUUCGAGCUCUUACUUAAACGACCAGACAAACUUACUCUAGCAACCGGUGAGAUGUGGCCCUCAGAGCGCAUCCAAGGAGAGGAAGACGGAACCGCCGUACCCGGUGAAGCAACGAUGGAAGGCGUUGAGCAUCUAGGCCAAUUCGUCUAUGAAAUGACGUCUACUAAAAUUAAACAAAUGCACGCGGAGCGCGGUUUGUCGGUAGCAGCAGGGUCCAUCGAGCAGGAGUUGAAGCCCGUCGCGGAAGACGACGGAGUUGGCUACGUUGAGGCUAGCGAUGAGGAAGGGGAGGAUGAUGUGGUGGUGCCCAGUGACGGGAUCGAACCUGCGGAGACAUAGCUGUGUAGCAACCUCGGAGGGAUGACGACUCAAUUGUAGGGCAUUAUGACACUGGUGAAUUUGUUUAUGAAUGGGUAGUGUAUGCUAUUGAUGACAUUGACAUGGAGCAUGAGGAAUUAGGUCCCCCGUACAUUGAUUCGGAGGAUUCGCAAAAAAGUUACAUUCACAACGUACAUAUGGGCAAAAGCGAAUUCAAGUAACACGGGUAUUGUUGCUUCUUUUGACGAUUACA